GCAAGAUGAUUAUUUAAUAAUGUUAAUUAAUAACAAUCAAAAAUUGAAAUAAAUAAAUUUAUUAUUCCAAUGUUAAUACUGCUGUUUAAAAAAAAUUAAUAAUGUCAAUACUUUGGAAAUUAAAUAGCUGUAAAAAUUUAAAAAAUUUAAUAAUAAAAUUGGACUUAAAUAAAACAUGUAAAUUACAUACUUGGAAAUUUAUAAAUAAUACAAAUAAAAGAGCACCAAAAUUAAAGCCAUUAUUAACAUCAAUAAUACGUAAUCAAUCAAGUAAAAUAAAAAAUAUAAAAAUAGUAACAAAUAAAACAGAAAUAAAAAGAUUACUAUCAUUAGCUAAACCAGAAAAAUGGAAUUUAACUGGAGCAAUAAUAUUUUUAAUAAUAUCAUCAGCUGUUACAAUGGCUGUACCAUUUUCAAUAGGUAAAUUAAUUGACAUAAUUUAUACUGAAAAUAAAGAAAAAUCAAGAGAAAAUUUAAAAAAUCUUGGUAUAGCAUUACUUGGUAUAUUUGUCAUUGGUGCAUUAUGUAAUUUUGGAAGAAUAUAUUGUAUGUCAACAUCUGGACAUAGAAUAACACAAUCAUUAAGAAAAAAAGCAUAUACAGCAAUUCUUAAUCAAGAAACAGCAAUGUUUGAUAAAGUCAGUACUGGAGAAAUUGUUGGAAGAUUAACUGGUGAUGCACAACUUGUUAGCUCAGCAGUAACAACAAGUAUUUCAGAUGGUCUUAGAAGUGGAAUAAUGACAAUUGGUGGUGUAUCAAUGAUGCUAUAUGCAUCACCAGAAUUAGCUGUUGUUGGUUUAUCAAUUGUACCACCAAUAACAAUAAUUGCUGUAUAUUAUGGACGUUUUAUUAAAAAAAUAUCAAAAGAUGUACAAAAUGGUUUAGCACAAUUAAAUACAACUGCUGAAGAAAAAAUAUCAAAUAUAAGAACAGUUAAAGCAUUUGCACAAGAAAUUAAUGAAAUUAAAAAUUAUGAAACAAAACUUAAUCAACUAUUAACAAUUUGUUAUAAAGAAAGUUUAUAUCGUGGUAUAUUUUUUGGUUUAACUGGUUUUUGUGGUAAUGCAAUGAUAUUAAGUGUGUUAUAUUAUGGUGGUGUUAUGAUAUCUGAUUCAACAAUAACUGUUGGUAGUUUAAGUGCAUUUUUAUUAUAUGCUGCAUAUACUGGAAUUUCAAUAACUGGUAUAUCAAAUUUUUAUGCUGAUAUGAGUAAAGCACUUGGUGCUAGUACAAGACUAUUUGAAUUUAUUGAUCGUCAGCCAAAAAUUCCAAUAAAUGGUGGUAAAAUAUUGGAUCAUAAAUUAACUGGAAAAGUGUCAUUUAAUAAUAUUUAUUAUUCAUAUCCAUCAAGAGAUAAUUGUUCAAUAUUAAAAAAUUUUUCAUUACAAUUAAAUUCAUCAUCAGUUAAUGCUAUUGUUGGUCAAUCAGGAUCAGGAAAAUCAACAAUUGCAUUGUUACUUUUACGUUUGUAUGAUCCAAAUUCUGGUUGUAUUAAACUUGAUGAUUAUGAUUUAAAAGAACUUGAUCCAGCAUGGGUUAAAUCACAAAUUGGAUUUGUAUCACAAGAGCCUGUGUUGUUUAAUGGUACAAUAAGAGAAAAUAUUAGUUAUGGUAUAAAUGAUGCAACUGAAAGUCAAAUAAUUGAUGCUGCUAAAUUAUCAAAUGUUUUGGAAUUUACUGAACGUAUGACUAAUGGUCUUGAUACAGUUGUUGGUGAACGAGGUAUUACACUUAGUGGUGGACAACGACAAAGAGUUGCAAUUGCACGAGCACUUAUAAAGAAUCCAAAAAUAUUAAUCCUGGAUGAAGCAACAAGUGCUCUUGAUGCAGAGAGUGAAAGCUAUGUGCAAGAUGCAUUGGAACGAGCAACACAAGGACGAACUGUUUUAACAAUUGCUCAUCGUUUAAGUACAAUUAAAAAUUCAGAUAAAAUUGCUGUUCUUGAUCAGGGACAAGUUGUUGAAACUGGAAAUUACAAUGAAUUAAUGCAACUUGAUAAUGGAAUAUUUAAAAAAUUAGUCAAACAUCAAACUUUCAGUUAAAAUUUUUAUGUCAUAUUUAAAAUUAAGCAUUAAUAUGUUAUCAAAAAUUAUCCAAGAUUUUAUUAUUUUUAUUUUGAGGUAAUUAGUGGAAAAUAAAUUAAUAUGUUUUAUUUUUUCUGCAUAUAUUUUGCUAAAAAAUAAUAUAUACAGCUGUCUUAAAUUAUUGAUCUUUAGAUCUACAGAAUUGUUUUUUUUUUUUUUUUAAUUUCACUCAUUCAACAUAGUUAAAACCUAGAACUAGUAUGUUCAUUUUCCCGUAAAUUAUUUUAUUUUUUACUGUUUAAAUUUUUUACUAACAAAUUACGAACGAGAAAAAUUUUUUACAAUGAAAAUUAGACGAUUGAACAAUUGAACAUUUCAGUCAUAAAUUAUUAUAAUUA